CAUGUUUUAUAUAACACCCAUAAUAGCAGUGUUAUUAUACGCAUAAUGCAGCAUUAUGCUAAUUUGUGGGCCUCGUUGGACAUGUGUGUUUGGGGCCGGAGGAGAAAUCAUUAAUCAAUUGUGAAACGAGUGCAGAUAUACGUUUAUGAGAGUCCAGGGUCUGGGCCCAAAAUGGAGUUGCUUUUGCUGAAGUAUUGCUGCUGGCGUUGGUGUCGCAUGCCUGCACGUCUUCGAUUGAAAUUAUCGGCUGUCGUGGAGAGAGGGGCCCGAGAUCGCCGACCGAUACCCAGACUGAGCUAACCGUUAUGGUAAUUUCUUGGAUCGAUUCCAAAAGAACUUUUUGCAUAACGGCCGGUUAACGAACUCGAUCAACGUGCUCGGGGCGAUUAAGCAAGUGGCCGCCAUCAACAUUACCAGUCCCAGUUUCAAUACCCAUUCCCCGAACCACUCAUCUCGCCUCCCCCGAUUCCAUUCGGGGGGACUUUUUGAUGGCUCUAUCUCUAUUGAUGCCAUAUGCAGAUUGCGCUAAAUGCAGCGUCGACGUUGCGAGACGGAGAUGCGCCAUCGGGUCGAUUUCAAACGCUCGAUGGAUUGUUUGUAAAUCUGUCGGCAGUCCCAACCUGCUGAGCCAUAUACGAUGCGGAGAUACCCAGAAACGGAGAUACCCAGAUACUUGGAUAAAGAGAUACCCAGAUACUCGGAUGCACAUGGACAGGUUUCACUUCGAUCGGUGCAACUGCCACUGCAACGAUCCGACGUUCCGGGUUCGACUCCCCCGGUCCGUGGACGAUUACGUGUAGCAGCAGCCAUCAAAAGGCAUCGCCGGUGCCUUACAAACAGACGGGGUCAAUCUAAUAGUACUCUAGAUGAUUUUCCCGGAAAUGGUAUGUGGUACCUGGGAUGUGGGGUAUGGUAUCAGGAGGGCCAGUCAAGCGCGGAUGGGAUAAGCUAAUUGAACUAAUGAAUGGACUUGCCAGGGCCCUGUUGACAUAUAUGCAUUGGGCCCGUUAAUUUGCAUCGAUAUCGCCCAACGAACCCGUGGAUUAACCGGGGAGUCCAACUGUGGCGAUUCCGAUUUCCGAUGCCGAAGUCCAAGUCGGAGCCUUUCCCUUUCGAUCUGAGAUACCACAAAGAGGUCCUUCGAAGGAUAUAUAAAGUGCAGAAGAUAUGGCACAAUAUUUGCUUAACGUCCUUCGGCGAUAUGGCAAGCAUUAACGAAAUUGCUAUAUCGAAAUUGGCUCUGGGUAUAAAAACAAAGGUGCCAUCGUUCUGGACAAACAGUUGGCAUUACAAUGUCCAUCCAGUGGUUAAGAAAUCUCCUGCUUCUGAUAAUCCUGGCCCACCUGGCUGGGGCAGGUGAGAAUCGCAUUCCGGUGAACAUGAAGAAGAGUUCCCAUUUGAUGGUAAAGAUGAGUGAAAUCCUCUGCAUAGCGAAGGUCAAAGUGCUCUUCGUGUACUUCGAGAACCAAACCUCCCACGAGCACACCGGUCAGAUUCUGCGAGAGGUGACUAAGUGCAACAUAUCCUACAUAUCCCUGAGAAAUCAAAAUGGACCCCUGGAGGCGGUCAAAGAUGAUGGGAUACUCAUGUACAUGGUGAUGAUUAUAACAAACAUAUCGCAACCAUUGGAACUCUCGCUCAUUCGCAAGAAAUCGGCCGCCAAGCACCGAUCGCAUGUUUUCCUCUUGGUAAGAGAUGCCGACACCGUUUCCGACGCCUGGAUGCGGGCCAGUUUCAGACAAUUCUGGAAGAUCUGGCUCUUAAACAUAGUGAUCCUCUACUGGCGAGAUAAUCGAUUGUAUGCCUACCGGUACAACCCCUUUACGGACAACUACUUGAUACCGGUUGACAACAAUGCAAAUGGAGUGCCCUCUCUGGAGCAGCUCUUUCCCAAAACCAUACCUAAUAUGCAGAGAAAACCCCUGAGGAUGUGCAUCUAUAAGGACGAUGUGAGAGCUAUCUUCUGGAAGCAGGGAAUAAUUGUUGGUACGGAUGGCCUGCUGGCAGGAUAUGUGGCUGAGAGAUUGAACGCCACCAUGAUGAUAACCCGUCCGCACUCCUACAAUAACCACAAUCUCAGUUCGGACAUAUGUUUCUUUGAGGUGGCCAGGGAAUAUGUGGAUGUGGCUAUGAAUAUUCGCUUCCUGGCUCCGGAUACCUUCAAAAAGCAGGCGGAGAGUACGGUCUCCCAUAUGCGCGAUGAUCUAUGUGUGAUUGUGCCGAAGGCCAAGACGGCUCCCACUUUCUGGAAUAUAUUUCGAUCAUUCGGCACAUCGGUUUGGGCCCUGAUUCUGGCCUCUGUUCUGGUGGGCAAUAUUUUCUGCUACAUUUUGAAGGCCGGAGUUGGUGGUGCUCCCAUGCAACUUUUCGCCGGAGCCCUAACUAUGCCCAUGAACAACAUUCCGCGGAACCACUCUCUUCGAUUGUUUCUGAUCUUCUGGCUUUACUUCGGACUGCUCAUCUGCUCGGCCUUUAGGGGAAAUCUAACCAGCAUGAUGGUGUUCCAACCUUACCUCCCGGAUAUAAACCAAUUGGGAGGCUUGGCCAGGUCCCACUAUCGCAUCCUCAUUCGCCCGAGGCACUUGAAACACAUCCAGCACUUCCUGACUCUGGGACAUAAGUACGAGGCUAGAAUUCGGGAGCAAAUGCUAGAGGUUCCUGACGCCCAGAUGUACGAAAUGAUGAAGAACAAUGAUAUCAGAUACGCCUAUUUGGAGAAGUACCACAUCGCCCGUUUUCAGGUUAACAAUCGAGUGCACAUGCACCUGGGUCGUCCCUUUUUCCACCUGAUGAACAGCUGCCUAGUCCCCUUUCACGCCGUUUAUAUCGUUCCCUACGGAUCGCCCUACCUGGGCUUCUUCGACUCGCUGAUCCGGAGUUCGCAUGAGUUUGGAUUCGAGCGUUAUUGGGAUCGCAUCAUGAACUCCGCCUUCAUAAAAUCGGGUGUGAAAGUGGUCAACCGGCGGCGGGGCAGCAGCAGUGACGAUCCCGUAGUCCUCAAGCUGCAGCAUUUCCACGCCGUAUUCGCACUCUGGGUGGUGGGGAUCGGUCUGGCAUGCAUCGUGCUGGUCUGGGAGCACUUGACCCACAACUACAACUUGGCGGUAACAAAGCGGCGGCACUAAUUGUCGCAUGCAACAUGCAACAUGUGAUGAUUGCGAUGAUGAUGUGGCAGGCACUUACCUGGGUC